AUGAUUACUGGUCAAAUGAUUGUUGACAGAGGACUGUAUAUACUCCAGUCUUAUUUUAAAGUAACGUGCAAACGUCCUCCUGACGGAGAGGAGCCAGGGUGGAUCAAGCCAGUCCUCGAUUUUCGUGAUAAUAUGGUCAUGACACAAUCAAUAACAUCACGAAUUUCAUUAAAAGAAAUGCACGAUAAGAUGGGUGUGAUACAAGAAAUUACCAACUUGUUUGACUCUAGUUGGAAAUUCUCUAUGGCUGGCUACUUUGCUGCUUUGAUAGGGAAGCUGCCAGAAAUUGAACACUAUGAGAGGCAUGACGAGCAUGUGUUCUUCUUGUUCUUUAGAUCGAAGGAACUUUCUGGUUUGUCUGCUUCCAUCUUUGUGUCUAUGAACGAUCUAUAG